UGAUAAUAUCGUGGGAUUUCACAUUUAUAAUUUAUGUUCACACCACAUCCACACACUCGACUCACAGCUCGCCAGCUGAAACAAACCACCUGUCCGCGUCAUCGAGCCUCGAGGGAUGGAUGAUGUCAUGAUCGGAGCAUCGCCGCCGCCGUCGACGGACGAGGCGGAGCCUGGUGAAGCCGAAGUUACGGCGGUGGCGGAAGCUGUGGAGGAAAAGGAACUGCUUUGUCCCAUAUGUAUGCAGAUCCCAAAAGACGCCUUCCUCACCGCAUGCGGGCACAGCUUCUGUUACAUGUGCAUCGUUACUCAUCUUCGGAACAAAAACGAUUGUCCCUGUUGUGCCCAGUUCCUGACCACUUCCCAGCUCUUCCCCAAUUUUCUACUCGACAAGCUAUUGAAGAAGAUGUUUGCUCGUGAACAUUCAAAAACUGCAUCUCCAGUAGAACAAUUUCGGCAAUCGUUAGAAAAGGGUUGUGAAGUGUCCGCAAAGGAGUUAGGCUCUCUAUUGUCUCUGGUGGCUGAGAAAAAGAGAAAAAUGGAACAGGAAGAAGCAGAGAGAAACUUGCAAAUCCUAUUGGACUUCCUACACAACUUAAGGCGGAAAAAAAUUGAUGACCUCAAUGAGAUGCAAAAUGACCUUUUGUACAUCAAGGAAGAUUUGACCACCGUCGAAAGACGUAGAAUGUAUCUAAACCGUGCAAGAGAAAGAUGCUCCAUUAAAGUGAAUGUGCUCUCUGAUGAUCCAAUGGGAACCAGACCCCAUACUUCAUUAGUGGGUAGAAGUACUCCUGGGUUUUUGUACAACUCUUCUAGUGCACCAGGGGGAAUAACUUCCUACAAGAAAAAUGAGGGAAAUAUUCAGAUCACCCCCCAUGGGACCCAGAGCAAGGGUGGUGGGUUAACUUCACAACAUGUAGGCGAUCUGGCCAUGAUACGUAAGAAGCGGGUUCACGCACAGUUUAAUGAACUUCAAGAAUUUUACUUACAAAGGAGACGUCAGUCGGUGAACCAUUUAGGGAACCACGAAAAGAAAGAUAAAACUAUGUUUACAAGAGAAGGCUAUAGUUCUGGUCUAGAAGAUUUCAAGUCAGUUCUAAGUACUUUCACUCGGUACAGCCGGUUACGAGUAAUUGCUGAACUUCGGCAUGGUGACCUCUUUCAUUCAGCCAAUAUUGUCUCGAGUAUAGAGUUCAAUUGUGAUGAUGAGCUAUUUGCCACUGCUGGAGUUUCACGGCGUAUAGAAGUUUUUGAUUUCUCUUCGGUAGAUUUCUUCCCCUUUUGCCUAUAUUCUCUGCACCAAUUGCCUUUCACACUGCAAAUAUAUUUAAUGGAGAUUACAGCUAUUGUUGUAAAUGAACCUAAAGAUGCGAACCCUGUUGUUGAGAUGGCAACAAGAUCUAAACUUAGCUAUCUAAGCUGGAAUAGAUUCAUGAAAAGUCAUAUAGCUAGUAGUGAUUACGAGGGAAUUGUAACGGUAUGGGAUGUAUCUACACAGCAGAGUAUUAUGGAAUACGAGGAGCAUGAAAAACGUGCUUGGAGUGUUGAUUUUUCCCGAACAGAUCCUUCGAUGCUCGUGUCCGGUAGUGACGACUGUAAGGUCAAAGUGUGGUGUACGAAGCAAGAAGCCAGCGUCCUCAACAUUGAUAUGAAGGCAAAUAUAUGCUCUGUGAAGUAUAAUCCCGAAUGUAGCAAUUAUAUUGCGGUAGGUUCUGCAGAUCAUCAUAUCCAUUAUUAUGACUUGAGGAACACUCAUCAUCCACUUCACGUGUUCAGUGGCCAUAAAAAGACGGUUUCUUAUGUAAAGUUUCUUUCAGAAAAUGAGCUUGCUUCGGCAUCGACAGAUAGUACCCUUCGGCUAUGGGAUGUCAAACAAAAUACUCAUGUUCGCACAUUUAAAGGGCACAUGAAUGAGAAGAAUUUUGUGGGCUUCACGGUGAACAACGAGUUCCUAGCUUGUGGCAGCGAAACAAACGAUGUGUUUGUCUAUCACAAGGCUAUCUCCAAACCUGCCACGUGGCAUAAAUUUGGAUCCCUCGAAGCGGAAGAUAUGGAAGAAGACGCGAUAUCUUACUUCAUAAGUGCAGUUUGCUGGAAGAGUGAUAGCCCCACAAUGUUAGCUGCCAAUAGUAAAGGAACAAUAAAAGUGAUGGUCCUCGCUGCUUGAACAUUUUGUACAUAAGUCUCUAAUAUACUCUCCAAUUUUGUACAUACUUGUUUGCAUGCCUUUAUGUGUUAGUGGUGUGGGUUCUUGGUGAUAGAUCAUAAGGAAUAUUAAUCCUAUAAUGCAUUUUGUGAUUGUAUUGCAUGUAAAUUAGGCAUAACCUGAGUGGGAUCAAACUGGAAAGUUAUUAUAUAUUGCCUUUUGGUGUAGAAUUGACAGAUUUAUCAUCCCUUGAUAUUGAUAAAUUGAUUUAGAUUUUAGACUUUAUAUUUUGCGUCUAACAUUAUUGUGUAAGGCAGACUGGA